UAAAGGGAAAGGACAGUCUCUCUUGGUCCUAGCUAUUGGGGUUAUGGUAACCACAAGGGCUGUAGUGUACCAUGAUUUCAAGAUUUUAAAUUUCUUAAUCCGAUAUGCAACAGACAGAGAUUUGAUAUAUGAAUAUAGUCUUGAAAAUGAAAUGACUAAUAUCUUCUCGUUUAUGUGCACUAUUCUACUCUACAAAAUGGGUGAUCCAAGACAAAACAAAUAUCGGCUAUUUAUCUUUAGUUUUCUAAGAUGACUCCCAUGCUUCUUUUAUUUUUCAUACUUUUUUGGACCAGAGCUUGAACUGUCUGAAUUAAAGCUUCUCUUUGCUGAAUUUGUGAUCAGUUUUAUGUUUAUUAUUUCUAUUCCCCAUAAGACAUUGGCGAGACUCUAUUCAAACAUUAUUUUCAGAAGUACUGUCAUAUUUACAUUUGGCAAUUUAUUUGCUUCUGAUUGUAUAUCUGUACUCAACAGCUCACUAUCAACUUCUGGAUUUCAAUUACUCCCUCUGGCAAUGCACAUUACCUUCUUGGCAAACACUUUCAUUGGACCUGAUUUCUUAGAAAGCAGACUUUUUGGGUUCCCAAUGGAUAUGCGUGAUGUCAAAGCAUGCUAUAGUGCUUUCUAUGGAAGUUGUGUUAUCGUUCUUGGUUUGGAUUACUUUAUGUCCCCGAAUGGAGUAUUGGGGCAAUGGACCCCAACAAGACUUCCGGGCUUGAUCGAAGAUCCAUUAGGGUUUUACAAAUGACUAGGUGUUUAUUAUGCAUUUGGAGGUUAUAUGAUUGUAACAAUUGGUUCUUAUCCAUAAAGCCAAGAAUUGAGUCCUGUUUGAUUUUCAAUUUUAUUC